AUGGCAGUACUGAAAGAUGAGGUACUGAAUAAAGCCAGAGUCGAAGUAGCAGCUCGGAUAGGAUUGAGCCACUUCACAAGGGUCCAUGUCGUCUGUCAUGUUGUUCAACGCCUUCCGGCAGAACGAGGAGUUGGGCGCAUCUCCAUGCAGCAUGGGACGACUCGUGACCCCCUCCUGCGACAGCAUCCCCGCUUCGACUGGUCUGUCGGCCAGCCAGUUGAGGCUCAGAGCCAGCAUGAGCAGUCCGGCUGCGCUCAUGUGGAACAGACGAGCAGGGCUCCGGACAGCGACCUGGCGCCUCCAAGAGCCCUUCAAACUCCGACUCAGGGCUCCAUAGAACGAGGUCGACUUGCUUUCGGAAGGGCCAAUCGGUUCCGGCAUUCUGCAGCCUCGACUGCCUAA